AUGGAAACAGAUGUUGUUAAAAACACUGCUCCUGAAACAUCCAUUGCAAGAAAGAGGAGAAAGCUUAUUCUUAAAGCAAAGAGGGAUUAUCGAAACCGUGUCAGAUCAAGCAACCUCACUUCCCAUUUAAAUCAUAAUUUUACAUCUUCUGUAACAUAUGAAACCACUAUUGAAACGGCUAUGGCUAGAAAGAGAAGGAAAAUAAUCUUGGAUAACAGAAAAAGAUUGAGAAAUUUGUUCUAUACUGAAGUUAGUAGGGUUCAAAAUACAAACAACAUUGUUAGUCAAAGUCAGAACAUGGAUCAUGCAUCUACUUCAAAUUAUAAUAUGUCAAGUCAGUCCAUGGAUCAUCCAUCUACCUCAAAUCAUAAUAUGUCUGUUGAAUCUCAUUAUGAAGACAAUGAUGACUCCAACUCUGACAAUAAUUUAAAUUCUUCUAAUAGUUCCGGCUCUGACGAAGAUUCAGACCCGGCACAAUUACAGGAGGCCCAUCUUCAAGAAUAUUACGAUAUUGGCGACCAAAGUUAUGAAUGCGCACACUGCCAAGCAUGUAUGUGGUACCAAGAAAAAGUGAAUAGACACAAAAUUACAGCAACUCCUCGCUUUUAUCGUUGUUGCCGUGGAGGAAAAAUUGUUCUUCCGUUCCUUGAGCAACCUCCACAGGUGUUGCAAGAUCUUCUAUUUAAUAAAACAUAUUCAGAUAGUAAAAACUACCAGGCUAACAUACGAACAUACAACGCAAUGUUCUCAUUCACUUCCCCUGGAAUGAAGUUCGACACAACAUAUUCUAAAAGAGGUGGACCCCCUACUUUGAGACUGCAGGGUCAGACCUGUCAUCGAAUUGGUACACUGCUGCCAGAAACAGGGCAACCUCCGCAAUAUGCUCAAUUAUACAUCUAUGACACGGACAAUGAAGUUGAACACAGAAUAAAAUGUUUCAAGGACAACAAAGGCAUCGAGCGACCGGUUGUCAAAAAGCUCAAGAUGAUGUUAGAUCAGCACAAUGUUCAUGCCAAAGCUUUUAGAAUGGCAAGGGAUGUUUUAAGGACAAGUUCUUUCACAAAUUUAAAACUCAGGCUUAUUUCUGAUAGAUCCGAAGAUGGCCGUGUUUACAACAAACCUACUGUCUCAGAAGUGGCUGCACUCAUUGUGGGAGACAUUGAUUCUGCUGAUAAAAGGGACAUCUUAAUUCAGCGCCGCAAUGGUGGUUUGCAACGAAUAGAUGAGUUUCACCCAGCAUAUUUGGCUUAUCAGUAUCCUCUUAUAUUUCCUUAUGGGGAAGAUGGUUACAGGAAAAAUAUAAUGCACAGAUAUCGCCAUGAAACUGAGGUCACUAGGAGAAACCGUCAAAGCAUUAAGGAUUGGUUUUCUUACCGGUUACAACAACGUCGCAAAGAGGCAAAAACACUACUUUACUCAAGACGCCUAUUUCAACAAUUCUUAGUCGACGGCUAUGCUAUGAUGGAAUCCGAACGACUGAAUUGGUUGAGAGAUAAUCAAUCGAAAUUAAGAGUGGGCAAAUAUAAUAAUUUGGCCGCUCAAACUGAUGGCGAUACAAGAAAUGAACACCAAAAGCGAGGAAAACGAGUUGUUCUGCCAUCAACAUUUGUUGGUAGCAAGAGAUAUAUGGAUCAACUAUAUUUUGACGGUAUGGCCAUUUCAAGUCGAUUGGGAUUCCCUGAUUUAUUUGUUACUUUUACCUGCAACCCAAAUUGGCCUGAAAUUAAAAGAGCAUUGUCAGGCACAGGUCUACAACCCCAUGAUAGGCCAGAUAUCAUUUCAAAAGUUUUCAAAAUAAAGUUUGAUACCCUCAUGGAUGAUAUUACAAAACACCAUGUCGUUGGAAAAGUGAUUGCAUAUAUGUACACCAUUGAAUUCCAAAAGCGCGGAUUGCCACAUGCUCACAUCUUGAUAUUCCUACACCCUCAGAGCAAAUACCCAACACCAUCUGACAUAGACAAGAUCAUUUCUGCUGAAAUUCCCGACCCGACUGUUCAUCCCAAUUUAUACAAAUUGGUUAAGGCACAUAUGAUGCAUGGACCCUGUGGCCUUGCUCGCGUGACCUCACAAUGUAUGAAGAAUGGACGAUGUUCUAAAUACUAUCCCAAAAAGUUUAUUGAACACACUAUUGUUGAUGCAGAGGGAUAUCCGCUGUAUAGGAGAAGAUCAAAAACCUUCACUAUUGAAAAAAAUGGUAUCACCUUGGACAACAGACAUGUGGUUCCAUAUAAUACCAGAUUUCUUAUGAAAUACCAGGCACAUAUAAACAUGGAAUGGUGUAAUCAGAGUACUUCCAUAAAAUAUCUUUUCAAAUAUAUCAAUAAAGGCUAUGACAGAAUAACAGCAGCAGUUUCAACAAAUAGCAAUCAACCUGUUGAUGAGAUCCAACAAUAUCUCGACUGCAGGUAUGUCUCUCCCAGUGAAGCAUGUUGGCGCAUUUACUCUUACAAUAUUCAUGGCAGAAAACCAGCUGUGGAACGUAUGUUCUAUCAUUUGGUUGGGGAGAAACCUAUAUACUAUACAGAUUAUGCACGCAUGGAAAAUGUGCUGGAAACUGCAAGUGUGACUGAAUCAAUGUUUACUGCAUGGCUGGUAGCAAAUGCUAAAUAUGAAGAGGCACAAACAUUAACUUAUGGUCAAUUUGUCUCAAAGUUUGUUUACCACAAAAAAAAGAGAGAAUGGAAACCGCGGAAAAAAGGCUUCACCAUUGGACGUCUCAUAUGGGUUCCGCCAACAACUGGUGAACUGUUUUACCUGCGCAUGAUGUUGACGGUGGCAAAAGGACCAACAACAUAUGAGGAAAUCAGGACCGUGGAUAACAUUCAGUAUGAUACAUUCAUAGAUGCAUGCUUUGCAAUGGGAUUUCUUGAAGACGACAAAGAAUACAUAGCUGCUAUAAAGGAGGCAAGUCAUUGGGGGACUGGUCAUUUUCUUCGAAAACUGUUUGUUAUCAUGCUUUUGUCUGGUGCUGUUAAUCGCCCUGCACAUGUUUGGGAACAAACUUGGCUCCUAUUAUCUGAUGGUGUCUUACAUACACAAAGAGCAUUGGCUGCUAAUCCAGAAUUGGUCCUCACACAAGAAGAGUUACAAAAUUUGACUUUAAUAGAAAUUGAGAAACUGCUUCAUGCAAAUAGAAGGACACUAAAGGAUUUUAGUCCUAUUCCAUAUCCGGAUGCUUAUGUUCUUGAACAGUUGGGAAACAGGAUCAUAUAUGAUGAGCGUAAUUAUGAUACAGCAUCAAUGAACUCAGAAUUUGAAAAUCUGUUUGCUGCUCUUACAGAUGAGCAAAGAAGUAUUUAUGAAAAAAUCAUCCACGCUGUGGAGUCUCAAAAACCUGCGGUUUUCUUCCUUCAUGGUUAUGGUGGUACCGGAAAAACAUAUAUGUGGAGAACACUCGCAGCUGCUUUAAGAUCAAAACACGAUAUAUGUUUAACUGUUGCAACUAGCGGUAUAGUAUCAUUGUUACUUCCAGGAGGUAGAACUGCACAUUCAAAGUUCAGGAUACCGGUACCAACUAUGGACAAUUCUACUUGCAAGGUUGAAUUCAACGAUAAUGUUGCAGACAUGUUACGACAGACAAAGCUUAUAAUAUGGGAUGAGGCACCAAUGGCGCAUAAGUAUGCAAUAGAAUCGCUUGACAGAACUUUGAAAGAUGUUAUGAGUGCAGACAAAAAUUCAACUGAUGUAUUCGGUGGAAAGGUUGUUGUUUUCGGGGGCGAUUUCAGACAGAUUUUACCUGUCGUCCCCAGAGGAAGUCGUUCCGAUAUUGUACACUGUGCCAUAAAUGCAUCUUACAUAUGGCAUUCAGUUGAGGUAUUAACAUUGACAAGAAACAUGCGGCUACGAACAGGAUCAACACAGACUGACAAAAAUGAGAUAGCACAGUUUUCAGAUUGGCUUUUAAGAAUAGGAGAGGGCCGAAUAUCUGAGCCUAAUGACGGCACCGCCGAAAUCAACAUACCACCUGAUAUUCUGAUAACAGAAUUCGAUGAUCCAAUUGUGGCCAUUGUCAAUACCACAUACCCUGAUUUCAUAAAUAAUUUCCAAUGUGUUGAUUACCUUAAAAGUCGAGCGAUACUUGCCUCUACACUGGAGAUUGUUGAUCAGAUCAAUGACCAUAUACUUAACUUGAUGCCAGUCAACAAUGCAGGAGAGAUUCGUGACUACUACAGCGCAAAUUCAGUUGACAAGUCUGAGAUUCAUGACCCAGCAGUAGUUGAUAUCCUCACGCCAGAAUUUCUAAGUUCCCUCCGAACAUCAGGAUUGCCAAACCAUCACUUAAAACUAAAGGUUGGGACACCUAUAAUGCUCAUGAGAAAUAUAGAUCAAGCUGAAGGUUUGUGUAACGGCACAAGGCUGUGUAUAACAAAGAUGGCAGCCCAUGUACUGGAGGCUUCAAUAAUGGGUGGUAAAGGUUUGGGAAAUUUGGUUUACAUACCUCGAAUGGAUAUGUCACCAUCCCAAUCACCAUGGCUAUUCAAACUGAAUAGGAGACAGUUCCCUAUUAUAGUUUCCUAUUCUAUGACAAUUAACAAAUCACAGGGACAGUCAUUGGAUAACGUUGGUUUGUACUUACCGAAAGAUGUAUUCACACAUGGCCAGAUUUAUGUCGCAUUGUCAAGAGUAACAACAAAAAAGGGAAUCAAAAUACUGAUACAUGAUGAAGAAAAGAAAUUCAGGGAGAAAACUACAAAUGUUGUGUAUAAGGAAGUUUUUAACAAUGUCUAA